AUGGGAGUCCCAGACACCAUUCUGGUUUAUAGCACUUCUGAGUUUUCCGGAUACUGGUGUAAACUGCCGUGUGAAUAUGCCCCUGGAAAGCUUCAUGUGAAUGCAGUCAUGAAGGCAUAUGGUAACACAAUGGCCAUUCUGGUUUAUAGCACUUCUGAGUUUUCCGGAUACUGGUGUAAACUGCCGUGUGAAUAUGCCCCUGGAAAGUGUGGUCUGCAGAAACAAAAAGGCCGUCACUGCUCUAUUCUCAGCUGCUGCUAUCAGUACAGCUCAUGGUUAUCUCAUAAGAGCUUUGACAGAGACAGGGACAGACAGUCUAAUGGAGGAUGUGUGUCUAAGAGAGGUACCUCAGGAGAAAAGCUUGAUAAUAAGUCUGCUCCUCUGGCUAGUGCUCAUGGUGGACUGGGUCAGAACCUGCUGCUGAGUCCUGCCAGUCUUCAGCUGGCUCAGCUUCAGGCCCAGCUCACCCUACACCGCCUCAAACUUGCCCAGACUACCAAUACUGCUGCUGCAGCCACUGUCCUAAAUCAGGUUCUUUCUAAUGUGGCCAUGUCCCAGCCUCUCUUCAACCAUCUUCGGGGUUCCAGCAUGGCCCAGGCCCACGGUGGGGCCUUUCCACCUCCACCCAUAGCCUUCCCACCACCAAAUGCUGCACUGGGACAACUGGUUGGUGGUGGCUUUGUCCCAAAUCCCACGGGAAUCAGGCCCACCAACUACAGUGGGGUGUCCAACCAGAAAGCUAGUCAGCACAAUGAAUUGAGCAAAAAGGCCGGAACAUAUUCGACGGACACGGACCGUCGCUUGCAGUUUGGAUAUUUGGGAGGGGCUUCAGUGGUCACUAGUAAAGCAUGUGAUGGGGGAGAGUAUGGUGGAGCCUCUACACAACCCAGAAACAAUGUCCAUUUUCAAAGGGACUUCUACUCCUCAGAAACACCAGUACAACAAACAUGUUUCAUGGGAGGAAGCAAGGAUCAGAAUCUGGGAUCAGCCUCAUUAGCCUCUAAGGAUCAAUGGAAAGGUCCGAUCAACAUGGGGAAGAUGGAUAUAGGUACAGGAACAGGUUCUGGUGGUUGGCUACCACCCGGACCAGGGUUUGUGGGUCAGAGAGCAGAGUUGUAUAACCCAGAGGAACCCACAGCAGAUCCUAAAUUCAACUCAACAUGUGGCCCAGGGAUUGGCCCACCCCUUGGGCAUCAAGGGGGAUUUCAACAGCAGCCACAGGUUUCCCAGAGUGAGGAAAGGGGGACCUUGCAAUUGCAGCCCCACCAGUUCAAUGACUAUCACGGGACAACACCUUUACACCUACCCCAUCAAUGCACCAUUUGUGAGAAGAAGGUUUACAACCUGAAGGACUGGGACCAGCAUGUGAAGGGCAAGUUACAUCUGCAGAACUGUUCGCUCUACACCGAAAGCCCGACGCUCGGAGCAGUGCACUUUCCAGUAUCGUCUGAAGGAUGUCUCAACAUGGCACUGAGUAACACUAUGGCAUACACGUCAGCUGCCAGUCAAGAUGUUUCAACUGGAAGAGCUUCAUAUUUGCCUGCCACAGCCAUGAAGUCAUGUCCUCUCUCAGGGGCGGGAUUUACUUCGCACCAAGCAGGGAACAAGGCAAGGUACCUGCCGGAGCGUGCCAGAUCACGCAGUCCAGUCAGUCGUUCUCUGAGUCCGCGCUCACACAGUCCGAGCUUCACUUCCUGUAGCUCCGCCCACAGUCCACCGGGGCCGUCCUGUCGGCCUGACUGGAGCAACGGCAUGGGUCCCCGCCGGGCCUCUUGGGACUGGACGUCCCAUUCCCGUGGCGAUGAGGACCCCCGCGAGAGAGACGACUGGAGGAACGACGAGGAAGAGAGACCCAACGGAUGGCUGUCUGAGCGCAGGAAACCCUACCUUAAAACCGGGGACCGUAUGGGGCCCGGGGACGAGCGGGGCAGGGACUGGUAUCCCCGCGGAAGCCCUCAGGGUUUGUCCUUCUCCUCCUACCACUCCAUAGAUGACUUUUACAAGAAAGACUCGCAGUACAAGACUGAUAAACUGAGCAGGCUGCAACAUCAGAGACACGAGGGGAAAACGAAGAGAAGGGAAGGUGGCGACUAUCACAGACACCGACACUCAGAGUCAGACGUGACGGACGACACAAACUCCAACCGGACAGCUGAAGACAGAGGACGCAGCAAGAAGCCGAGCCGGAGACAAGAUAAAGAGGAGAAAGAGUCCGAAAAUCAGAAGGAAGAAUAUAGAGCCAAAGAAAGAUCAGCAUCUCCUCAUAACAGCAAACCUGCACAGUCUUCAAAGUGUGGCAGAGAUGGUGACAGCGAGGGACUGGAAAGUGUAGAUGAUGGAGAGGAGGAGAGCUGGUAUCCUAAAAGCAUGGAGGAACUGGUGACUGUAGAUGAAGUCGGAGGAGAGGACGACUCUAUAGUUGAACCUGAUCUACCUGAUCUUCACGAGGAGGACCAGAGAGUCGAGCCCAGCCAGUCGACAGCAGAGAGCCCUAAACCAAUCACGAAGACCCCAACAGAAGGUGAGGAGAGCACGGUGGACCCUCUGUCCCUUCCACUGCAGGAUUUGGUCCCUGAGGAAAGCUCUGGAGGUGCUCAGUCCAGGCCUGGUGAGACGCCCCUAAGACCAUCUGCCCCAGAGCAACCGGUCUGUCAACUCAAACGCUUCCCGUCCCAGGAGUUCAAGAGUGCUUUGGAGGAGACCUGCUCCAUCACUCAUAUGGACACACACAUCGACACAACCAUGCCAGCUGGUCCUCUAAACAACAGCAACACAUGUGAAAGUGGGAAAGUGAAUGACUUGAGUAAUGAUGAGAGAAAGACGGCAGAGAUGGACAAGAAGGAACCAUGUCUCAAACUUGACAGUCAGAAGAAAGAUAUUCCUGAGUCAUUACCGGCCCCUUCACCUCAGGUGACAGACAUCUUUACUGCGUCACCCUCUCAGGAGCAGGAGAAAGCCAUCAGUGAACACAGCAUACCGUUAGGCGUGGAGUUCAUCGUGCCAAGGACAGGAUUUUAUUGCAACCUGUGUGGUUUGUUUUACACCAGUGAACAAACAGCCAAGACGUCACACUGUCGGAGUACAGUUCACUACAGGAACCUACAGAAGUAUCUGUCGCAGCUGGCGGAGGAAAGUCUCUUAAAAUUCCACACGGAGUCGCCAAACACUGAAUGAAGCUCAUGACAUGCUGAAUGCUGAGAGACACAAAACAAAGACAACGAGGAUGGAAAAGGACACAAGAAAAACUGCAAUUUGAUCAUUUGUGUACUUGGGCUCAUAGCAAGACAA